UCAACUGAUGUCAGGUUAGGUCGCCCACGCGCUUCCACGCUCCACGGUGCGUUCUUUGCUUCUCAGACGUAAUCCACGUGCGAUAUCAUGGAGAAUAAGCGUAAAGUGGAAUAUCUUAUUGUCGAUACGAGCGCUUUCAUAAAGAACGCCGCCCUGCAGGACAUCGGAGUCAAUAUCUUGACCGAGCAGGCUGUCGUCGACGAGAUCACGAACAAGAGGCAGCUGAGAAGACUGGUCGUGCUGCCGUACGACUUGAAGGUCCAGGACGUUUUUCCAGAAAACGUUAAGUUUGUGACGGAAUUUUCAAAGAAAAGCGGCGACUACACCAGCCUGUCUGCCACCGACCUCAAGGUGAUCGCGCUCACGUAUCAGUUGGAAAAGGAGAAAGUCGGGACGGCGCAUCUGAGGGACAGUCCGACGAUAAGGACCGUUAAACCUGCGGAGGAUAAACCGGCCGGCGAUGAUUCUAAACUGCCAGCUGGUUUCUACAUACCGAAGAAACGGGAGAGAGAGAAAUCGGUGGAUAACGAAAGUGUGGACGUUAACGAAAAGGAUGUCGCGCACAUAGAAAUUGUGGACAAUUCGGCGACGAGUAAUACAGAGACAAGUGACGCGGAGAAACAAUGCAUUUCUCAUAUGUCUGCAUCUUUGGACGAGUCGCAGGAAUCGGAUUAUGAAACGGCUGGGUCGGACGACGAGGACGAUAAAACGACUGAUUUAGCUGACAAAUUUUCCGAACUAAAGUGCAAUCCAGCUGAUUUUAAAGUCGAGGGCGACUGCGAGGGCAAGUGUGCCGUAGACGACAUUCUCGCUCCAGUCGACGCAACGUCCAAAAGUGACGAAUCAUUUGAGAACGAGGACGACGAUGACGACGAUAGUGGUUGGAUCACACCGGCAAAUGUUUCCAAGGUAAAGAAUCAAAUGGGCUCGGAAAUUUUCGAAGAAAAAGCCGCGACCGUCGCGUGCUUGACGACGGACUUCGCGAUGCAAAAUGUACUCAUGCAAAUGGGACUGAAUGUAGUCGCGUUGGACGGCCGAGUGAUCAAACAGAUGCGAACGUUCAUAUUCAGGUGUUACGCCUGUUUCAAGACCACCAGCGUCAUGACGAAGAUCUUCUGUCCGCACUGUGGUAACAGAACACUUAAGAAGGUGGAGGUCACGUUAGACGACAACGGGAAACAACAGAUUCACAUCAACUUCCGGAGACCCCUCUCAGCCAAAGGAAAGAAGUUCUCGCUACCGACGCCGAAGGGUGGAAAGCACGCCAACAAUCCCAUUUUGUGCGACGAUCAACCGAUGCCGCAGCAACGUCCGUCACGUUUGGCGCGUAUGAAAAAUAAUCCGCUCCACGACGAUUACACGGCCGGAUACUCUCCCUUCAUCACGCGCGACGUAAACUCGAGGUCGGUUAUACUGGGCAUAAAACCGGACGGUGCCGUCAAGUAUUGGAUGAAGAGAAACCCCAAUGAAUCCAAAAAGAAACGAAAAUAAAAACUAUUCUUUUUUUUGUUAAA